AUGGAAGAAUUAUUUCAAGACUUUUUAUCAGAAGACGAAGGAAUCAAAAACAAAGCUAUUUCGAGUCUCCUUCAAUUUAUUACUCAAAGUGAUGCAUUCGAUGUGUUACUUUCUUUCUUACUUCAACAUCUUAAUGAUCAAUUUACAAAUGUCAUAUGCAUUGUUAUUAAAGAAGCAAUAAAAACUCGGUUUAAUCUUCUAGAUUCACAAGAUAAGCAAGUCAUUUCUGAUAAACUUAUUGAAAUUAGUUUUGAAAUUGCUGACCAUUCAAUUUCUUACAUAAUGAGUUGCUUAGAAAUGAUAUUUGCCGAUAAGCUUAUAGAUAUUUCAUAUGUUUUUAACAAAUCUAUCGAAUAUUUGCAAAAAAAGGAAAAAAUAAUUCAAUCAUUGCUUAACUUAACGAACUACUUACUCAUAUUUGGAUGCCAAAAGAGUUUUUAUACCAAAGAAAAUGAAGAAAUCAUAUUAAUUUUGAUGCAAAUUACAGAAUCUUUACUUUCUGAUGUACAAAUAACGAAUAUGAAUGAAGCAAGUUCGAAUAUUAUUUAUUUGUCAGCUAAUUUACUCAUAGACCUAUGGAGAUCUCGUGCAAUUUUUACUUCAGAAAAUUUCUUUAGGAUUAUUCAAUUUUAUUUAACAUUUUUAUCAGAAGUUUCUCUCAAAUCAGACGUAAUUACAUCUAUUCUUACGUUUUUCCUGGAAUAUAUUGAUCGUUUUCUCAAUAUUAAAUCAGAAUUCAGCGAAUUUGCCAGUUCAUUCCAAGAAACAUACGCAGUUGAACUAUUAGAACGUUUAUUACGUAUAUUACAAUCAGGAGAUUCUUACCAGCGCUCAAUUUCCAUUAGAAUUAUUUCAAUUUACAUUCAGAACGAUGUUUUAAUAGAUAAUAUCAUUAACGAAGAAGUACUAUCGGCAUACAUCAUUCCUUCUUUGCAAUUAACUGAUGAAGACAUACAAACUUUUAAAAAUAUUCCAGAACAAUAUUUAUCUUUUUGUACUUCUCAAUCUCAUGAUUCAUUUAAAGCUAUUGUUACUCCUAGACAAGCUUUUGUUCUUUUUAUUGAUUCAAUUUCACGAAAAUCGACUAAUUUGACGUAUUUAUUGUUAAUCAAAGAAAUUUGUGGCCAAGGGAACUUUUCAGACGAAGAAACAAUAUAUUUCAUACUCAGUUGUCUGUCCUCACACCUCCAAGAAGAUAAUGAAUUAAUUUUAUUUUUAAUAAACAUAAUUCAAACGGAGAACGAGCUAAUUCAGUGCGAUUCUCUAUCAGGGCUCAUCAAUAUCUCCGAAUACAAGGAAGAGAGGCUCCAAAUAUCCCUUAAUUUCAUUAAAGAAGAUUAUAAUCCUUGUACAAGGCUUUUGGCAGCAAAUUUGUUCCAAGUCACCUUUGAUCCUCAAUCAGAUAUAGACAUUUCGGACCUCCAAACCAUCAUUGCCCCACUUCUUGACCUAUCAUCAGUUGUAUCGAACUCAUUACCCGGAAUUAUCCUUUGUUCGCUCAACAGAUGGUUCAAGGAUGAGUUCUCUCAAAUGGCUGAAGCGAUUGUGAACUCUUAUCUAAUUGCUUUUGCCCCAAAUUCUGACAACCAAAGUGGGACCAUCAUUUUAGAAGGAAUUUCAAGUAUCUUAGAGAGUUUGGACCCGACAACAGACGAAUUUUAUUCUAUAGCAGGUACUGUUAUAGAGUUUGUCGGGGAGCAAUUUAAUUCUGAAGGAUCUGCUUGUAAUUUGGAGUUAUUAAAUUUAUUAUCUACAAUUUCGGAACGAUCAUUAGAAAUUAAUGAUUUACUGAUAAGCGCGUUGAAUAUAAUACUCAGUAUCGAAGAUAAAUCAUCGUUUUCUAAUGGAAUUCUGAAAUUUAUUUCGAUUAUUGUUAUGAAGAAAGAAAUUACUUCGUAUUCAGUCCUCCCAGACAUAAUUAAAGCUGUAUAUGAGAUAGCUGAUGGCGAGGAGUACUUUGAAGCAAAAGCAGCUCCAAUUUUCGUAUUAUGUGGAAUUCUUCAAAUUUGGAAGAACAACGUGCUCCAAAUCGUUAAGGAUUGCAUGCAAUACAUAGAAUCUGAGAAUGAUUCUUUGUUUUUCGCUUCUUUUUCGGUUUUGGCAUCUGCAAUUUGUUAUUGCGACCAAUUUUCUCUUCCUGACGACCUUUUGCAGUAUUUUGUGUCCUCCUAUACAAGAUACAGCCACUGCGAACCAUCUAUUGGUUUAUUAUACUGUUAUGCGCUGUCAAAACUCGCUGUUUCCCAGAAAAACACUGAGAUUUCGAACAUUGCUGUUGAAACAACAAAGAGAAUGAAGUUUUUACAGGAAUGUUACGAAAAUUAUGAAGAAUUAGACAUCGAUGAAUGCGAGGAUUACUUAGAAUUACCUUUCCAUAAUCUUACCUCUGACUCUUUGACAUAUUCCUCUGCUCUUCAGCCAAUUCUGGAAAAUUCUGAAAUGAGAUCAUCAAUAAAUGACCAAGAUUUCAUUGAAAAAUUGACACACUCAUGA